UGACAGUGUGUUACUGGUACAGGGGAUAGACUAUGUAAACAGUACAGGGUCAUUUCUUUCAGUGUUUUUCAUUGGUUUGUCAGUUGAGUAUUCAGAAUUGUUGCAUUCACCACCUUUUCACUGUUGUGUUGAGAACCUCUCCGGUAAAACCUUAUUUAUUCUAGUUAUUCAAUCAGUCCGUGACAUGAUUACAUAUAUGGAGAGAGAUAUUUAAUGGUUUGUGAAUUUGGGGAAAAAAAGUGGGGCAACAUACAAUGCAUGGAGUUAAAAUCCAUACACACUGACUUGUCCAGCAAAAAAAGAUAUCAAAUGCAUAUGUGAGCAUUACCAUCAUAAUUUUACUCUAAUUAUCUACCAGCUGGAACUGCAAAGAGGACAAUUAUUGAACAUUAGAGAUAUGUCUAACAAUAAAGCACAAUCGCUGAGACUGAUGAACACUAUUUAACAUGUUACCACAUAGUUGGGAACUUAAAUGAACCCUCUCCAUUCCUUCUCGUUUGUAGGUUGCUGCACUACACACACACAAUUCCUUGUAAUUUUACCUACGGGGGUAUGGACUUGUAAAUAACCCCAGAAAUAUUACACAUUAUUUCAUGUUUAUGCUUUGCAUUGGGGCAUUACAUAUUCAUUCAAAUGCCAUAGCAUGUACGAUAUGUUCAGUUCACGUGUGAGUAUCUAUCAGUUCAUUAAGGACCUCGUUGUCAGAUUAUGACGUCAAUGUGACGAUUGAUUUGAUUCCUACACCACGUGAGGCGACUGUGAGGCAGCGCGCCGUUUGUCCUGCAGGGGGCGUCUUUUCCUCCAGUCUCCCGUGUGAACCGGAACGAUAUGGUUUCACCUUGGGUGCACAUCGACGUGGAGAGACACACAUUUGGCUCCAGCUAGAAAUUUGACAUUCAAAUGAAAGAUACAUGUCAAUGUAGCACCGCGGCGCGUCUGACUGCUCUUCACACAGAGAGGAAACAUGAAGCAGGACGUCAGGAUACUUUUACUGGGGGAACCCAAGGUGGGCAAGACGUCGCUCAUCAUGUCUUUGGUUGGAGAGGAGUUUCCUGAAGAGGUUCCCCCCAGAGCGGAAGAAAUCACCAUCCCUGCUGACGUGACUCCGGAGAAGGUGCCUACACACAUAGUGGACUACUCAGAAAAAGAGCAGAGUGAUGACAUCCUUAGAGAUGAAAUCAUCAAGGCUAAUGUGGUGUGCGUAGUGUAUGACGUCACCAACGAGGACACAAUAGACAAGAUUAAAACUAAAUGGAUUCCUUUAGUAAAUGGAAGCGCAGAAAAAGGAAACAAAAUUCCCAUCAUCCUCGUGGGGAACAAGUCAGAUCUGCGCUGUGGGAGCUCAAUGGAAACCAUUCUUCCCAUCAUGAAUCUGUUCUCUGAGAUUGAGACAUGUGUUGAGUGUUCGGCAAAGAACCUGAAAAACAUUUCAGAGCUGUUCUACUAUGCACAGAAGGCAGUGCUUCACCCCACUGCCCCUCUGUAUGACCCUGAAGACAAACAGCUGAAACCUUUGUGUGUCCGAGCCCUGAGCAGAAUAUUCUACAUUUCCGACCAGGACAAUGACCGUAUCCUCAGUGACGCUGAACUCAACAGGUUUCAGAAAUCUUGUUUUGGGAAUCCUCUGGCACCUCAAGCCUUAGAAGAUGUGAAGACAGUAGUUUGGAAGAACACCAGUGACGGUGUGCAAGACAAUGGCCUAACUUUAAACGGUUUCUUGUUCCUCAAUACAUUAUUUAUCCAGAGGGGUCGACAUGAAACCACGUGGACCAUCCUCAGAAAGUUUGGUUAUGACGACAACCUUGAGCUGACCGAUGACUAUCUCUAUCCUGAACUUCGGGUUCCUGUCGGCUGCACCACAGAACUCAGUCCUUUAGGCCAUCAAUUCCUCCAGCAGCUAUUCGACAAGUACGAUGAUGACAAAGACUCUGCCUUGUCGCCCACGGAGCUCAAGAACCUGUUCUGUGUAUGUCCCUACAUGCCGUGGGGGGCCGAGGUCUACAUGACUGUGUCAACCACAGACGAGGGCUACAUCUCUAACCCCGGCUACCUCUGUCAGUGGACGCUUUCUGCAUACCUUGACAUCCACCGUUGCCUGGAGCACCUAGGAUACCUAGGCUUCCCCAUCCUCACUGAGCAGGAGUCACCGAUUUCGGCAAUCACAGUGACACGGGAAAAGGAGGUGGACCUGGAGAAAGGCCAGACACAGCGGUCGGUGUUUCUCUGCAAAGUGAUCGGACCGCGAGGGACAGGGAAGACGGCCUUCCUCCAGGCCUUUGUGGGUUGCAACGUCGCGAAAACAGGAAAUCAUAGCAGUGCCUUUGCCCCCUAUGCCAUAAACACUGUUCAAGUCAGCAACCAGGAGAAGUACCUUAUCCUCAAUGAGGUGGAUGUGGAGGCGGAGUUCCUGAAGGCAUCAGAUGCCUCCUGUGACGUCGCCUGUCUCAUGUAUGACCACAGUGACCCACAUUCCUUCGACUAUUGUGCCAGUAUAUACAAGCAACACUACAUGGAGAGCAACAUCCCAUGUGUGUUAGUCGCUUCCAAAGUGGAUGUUUCAGAAGUGAAGCAGCUCCACGGGAUGACCCCGGCAGAGUUCUGUUAUAAACAUCGACUGCCUCCGCCGAUGCCCUUCUCCAGCCUGCUCCUCGACUCCACCAGCAGGAACAUCUACACCAGGCUCGCCUGCGCAGCGAUGUACCCACACCUGAACGGUUCGGACAUGAGCAACACGUCCUUCUGGCUGCGAGUGGCGUUCGGCUCGGCUGUUGUUGCCGUUCUGGGCUUUGCCGUCUACAGAGCCGUUGCGAGACUGAAAUGACCAAUAAGCAGCUGAGCUUUUAUUUUUAAUUUUUUUUCCAAGAUUUUGCAACCCUUCACCUAUCCAUCGAGACCAGAUCAAGACCCACUGCAGUCUGAACCGUUCCACUUUUCAACAUGCAGGCUUCCAGGAAACGUCUUCAUAUCUUCUCUGCCCCCAUCUCUGUGUCUUGACUGCAUCACUUUUUUCAAAAGAUCGCAAAAAAUCCAAAGGCAGUUGGAUCCAAGUGAUCAUAUUAUUCUCCUCGCUCCAUUGCCCAGCUUUUUCUGCCUUAUGUUGUCUACGCAGGCCUAGAAAGAAUUAGCCUGUCUGCGCUCAUUGAUACACAAAGAACUGCUAACUGUUAAUAUCCAAAAAAGGUGCUUUAUCAGAGCUGAGGAAAUGCACAAAGUCUCUUGACCAGUCCACUCCUCCCCCCCACGGUCGUCUGUGAGAGUCAAUGGUGAGAUUGGACAGUUUUUAUAUACAUGCAGUGCUUCACAAGCAAAAUAGAGAAAUGCCAAAUUGACCAGACUGAAGAACCAAAGUGCAUCCCAUGCAGUCUUUUAAACAGAGACAGACAUUGUGAUUGGCUGCUGCUUAAACUCCUCAGUGAACAACACUUAUCCUUCUGACCACAGAUACAAGAUACUUAUAUCUUAUUUGCCAAACAAUGAGCAGUGAGUAAUCAUAGCAUGUUAAUUGAACCAUUUUGCCUGAAAAUGAAAUGGCUGGAAUGUUCUUGUUGAAAUUUUCCUAGCGGUGUGAGGUGUCCGCUGAUCGGCCGUGGCAUGGGGAGACUUCUCUUUUGUGCAUGAAGAAGGUAUAAAAUGCAACAACAAAAAAACGAUAACAACCAAGAAAUAUUUCUCCCGAGGCAAUGCAAAUCUUAAAUGUAAAAAACCUUACAGGAGGAUCUGGUCAGGCGUCUGCUUUCACUCCAUCUGUUCACACUGAAAUCAAAUUAGUUUUAACUGAGACUGAAAUAUAUUUGUAAGCUGUUCUUUUUCUAUUCACAUAUACCUUACACUGUGCACACACACGUGACAUAAUCUGCCAUGGUGUUGUUCCCCAACAUGCAUGAGUCAUGUGAAUUGUUUGUUUUCGUUGAUUCAUUUAGCUGGUGACAUGCUGCUUCUGCAGGACGCUCGUCUGCGCUUUUUCAAAUAUGACUGUCCUGAUGCUUAAUAAAAAACCAGACUGGGUGGAGGGGAGGGGCCUCCGCCCAAAAGAAAACUAA